AUGGCCAAGCAGAUCUCCAGAUCUGGCCAAGAAAAUCCCAAAGUGGCCUUCAUAUCUGGCCCAAUCGACACUGGCCCAGAUAGUAUCUACUUUCGCACCCACUACAUAAAGCCGAUAGAUGUCGCCAUUGCCGCUGGACAUGAUUUCGUCAUAGGGCCGAUCCUGUCAGGCGUCGACGCGGAUGCCCUUGACUACUUGUUGGACUAUCCUAUCGCGCCAUCACGAAUAACUAUUUUCAUGACAAUUGCCGAGGACAGCGCGUGGGGCAACAUAUUUCGAGCACAGGGGAUUAAUGUGUUUGUUCUUGAAGAUCGACAGGCAACCACGCAGAAUCGCGAUGCAGCUAUGACAGCAGCGACCGAUUAUGAUAUUUUGAGGUGGAGAACGGAGGAAGAGGCCAGGGAAUUUUAUGGAGAGUUGUACCAGCCUGGACGCGUAACUAAUACAGAGAGGAAUUGGAGAAGGAGAAAGGGGCUUUCCUGA